AUGCAGUCACUUGCGCCAUCUAAAAGACUUCUAACAAUUCACCACAUUGAAUUUUAUGUCUCAAAUGCUUUGCAGAAAAUAUCAAUAAAAAAGAAUCAUUGUAAUAUAUAUUUCAAUAUUAUUAAGGCGUCAUAUUGGUACUGCAUGAAUUUUGGUUUUCGAAGAUUUGCUAUAAAAGAAAAUGAACAGUGGCGCAGCAUAGCCAUUCGUAAUGGGAAUAUUGUAUUCAUAUUUACAACAUGCAAAGAAUACGAUGAAGAUUUUGUUAAACAUAUAGCAACACAUGGGGAUUCCAUUAAAAAUAUUGCAUUUGUUGUUGAUGACAUCAACGCUACUGUUGAGCAAAUUGUGGGAGCAGGUGGAUUCUUAGAAAAACCGGUUGAGAUCAUUUCUGAUGAAUAUGGUUCCAUUAAAGUUACAAUGAUUGAUUCGCCGGAAUGUGAUGUGAGUCAUAGUUUGCUUGAUCCAAAAACAUACAACGGAUUCUUCCUACCGAAGUUCGAAUCAUUUGGUGACAGCAGUGAACUACUUGAGACACUGUAUGAUUAUUGUAAAGAUUUUCAAAAGAAGCUUUGUUUUAUCACAAUCUUUAACUUAAAAUGCUCAGAAAAUUUAAUGCCUAAUUUUAGGCAAGAAAUAUCGAUAACUUCCAUAGAUCACUUUGUAAUGGGUUUUCCAAUGAACUCCUCGCAUUCUGCUUCUGCAUUUUAUCAUCGAAUCUUCGAUUUACAGGAAAUAUGGUCAGCUGAUGGAUCGAUCUUCAAUUCAAAUUCAUCAGCUAUGAAAAUUUCAUUGCUGGCAAAUAAUACAAAAACAAUUCAAAUAGGUCUUGUUGAACCAAUACCAAAAACUUUGCGUGUACGCAGUCAAAUCCAAGAAUUUCUGGAUUAUAACAGCGGUGCAGGAGUGCAACAUGUUGCAUUUUUGGUUGAAGAUAUAACUGAAACUGCUGAACGUAUGAAGUAUCGCGGUGUAAAAUUCGUCGAUAUACCUUAUGAAUAUUAUGAGGAUUUGCAAGAACGACUUGCAAAUUCUUCAGUAAAAAUCACUGAAAGUUUUGAAAAGGGUUUUGGCGAUGGAAAUGUGAAGGCAUUGUAUAGUGCAGUGGAAAAAAGUCAAGAAAAGCGUGGAACACUUAUUAAAGAACUCUGA